AUGCCAAACACACGAAUCGAUGAUUACUUCAGAGUCAAUAAAACACCUCUUAGUGGCAGGAGAGCUAAAAGACUAGUCGUGGAAAGAUCACCAGAAAUAGAGGUUGCUCCCAAUGCUAAAAGACCAGCUCACAAACGCUUUGCACAUCUUAUUGAGCCCGUGGAUGAACUGGGUCAUAAAGAUCAGGUUAAAGAAAUACCGGAUGAUGAUAUCAAGCAGGAGAUUCGAUCUGUCAGCCAGCAUGAAGCUCCUCUUGUUAUUAGUAAGACCCCUGUGCAAUGUAGACGGCGUGUACGACAAACAAAGGUGACAAAGUUGAAGUCUUCUGAAACUCCAAUCGCAAAGGUGAAAAACGACUCAAAAGCACCAGCAUUUGAACGAUUCGCCUACCUGACAGAGCCUGUCUCUUCACGUUCUGAAUCACAACCAGAAGAACCAAAGGCUGUCGCUGAGACGAUUGAAACUGUUGCAGCUGCAGAAGAUCUAUGUUUAACGCAGACAGAUUUGACAAUUCCUGUUGGCCUUGUUCUUCCUCAUAACUUACGAAUAUUGUUAGAACUUUUUCGCAGCUGCGAUACUGUUGUCAGCAUGUUGCAUAAUCGGAAAGAACUAUGUAGUUUUGAUAAGAUUCAGCCAGCAGUUCAAGAAAUAGUACGCAGGAAUUUUCAGGAAGAAAAUGUUGGCCAAUUCCUAACUGUCUAUCCAAUGGUAUAUUUCCUUCGCUAUGAGAAACAGUUAGACAAGUUUACACGUCGACCCACUGGAAAUUAUGUGCUUGUACUGUCUCCUAAUUUGCGUGCCGAUGGAACACAGGCAGGACAUGAUUCACCAUCGAAAGGAUUUCUACCAUUUAGUGGGACACGAUUAAUUCAACGUCGAAAUCGCUUUCAUUCGUCGUUGAUCAAUCUAGUUUUCAAAGCGCAUCGGGAAUUCCUAAUCUCAGAGCUUGGAGUUGAUCCAUCCCAACUACCAGAAGAUUCGGCACUACGUCGAUGGCAUCCUAAAUUCCCUUUAGAAUCUGCAGUCACCUGUAUUCCGUCUGCACCGUUACCAGUUCGACCAUCCGAAUCUCAACAGAAGAUUACAACAGCUAAAGAAGCUGUCAAAGCAUUCCAAGCACGUGCGUUGUUUCGUGAAGCUGACGCGUGCAAUCAGAUAUCACUUAAUAAACAGCAACAAUUAUCGCCUAUUCCUAGUCCAAAAAAGUCUGCAGCGUCAUCCCCAAUGAAAACACUAAAUGCUUCCGCUAACAAUUCAGUGUCUACAGCAAGUAUUCUUGCAGGAAUAAAGGAUAGUUCUGAAAAUCCGAGUAAAGUACUUGUUCCUUCUAACUCAGCUUAUCUAAAGGGAAUAUCUCAGGCUCUUAUAAAUAAGGUUCGUGCUCGUGAAAAUGAACGACGUCUCCUAACUGAACUCACUUACGGUAAAGUUCCAGAGGCACGUCGAGCUGUAUACUGUCGCCUGCCUAUGAUAAUAACUCAAGUUUGGAGUAUUUUACGAUCUUCCAAUUCCCGACCUGUUCCGUUGUCGACUGUUGCUGUUCGUGUGGCUGAUGCUCAUCCUAGUGGACUUUCGGCAGAUGUUAUCACUGAGCAUUUAAAUAUCCUGUUAGAACUAGCACCAUGUUGGAUUGAGAAAUUAAAUUGGUCUACUCCCCAUCUUCGGUUAAAAGAUCCUGGAAGAUCUGUGAAAGAUGUAAUUGAUUUGAUCAAGUCAAAAGUUGCCAAGGAAGGCGUGAACAUUUAA